UGAUUUGACAGAUCGCGCCUCGCGGUUCAGUGGUGUACGCAGUGAACGUGUGUGUUGUUAAAAUUAAAGUAAAUUUUUAUGUAGUGAUUUAUUCGAAGAGAAAAUAGCAAUGGCUGCCACUGUGGAGGCCUCACAAUCCCUCAUCCAGUCAGAGUCCAGGGUCCACUACCAGGAGGUGGUCUCGGAGACGCGGAAGGUCAAAAAGAGCAAGUCUCGCCGGCAUAAGGAUGAGGGCUCUAUAUCUGUGUCAAAAAGCUCCGAAAAGCUUUGCAAGAAGAUGAAAGCAGCCGACGAGAACCCAAUGUGUGCAAAAUGCUCAAGACCAGUGUACGCUAUGGAGAGGAUCAAGGCAGAACGACGGGCGUGGCAUAAAGAGUGCUUCAGAUGCAUUCAGUGCAACAAACAUCUUACAGUGGAAACGUACCAGAGCGAUCAUACCACGCUGUACUGCAAGCCGCACUUCAAGCAACUGUUUGAGCCUAAACCCGUAGACGGAGACGACGAGACGGAUGCAACGCCUAAAAAACAUCAAAUGAUCAUUUGUGAGAGUCAACCAAUAGAACUGCCACCGGAUGUGGUUAGAGCAUCUGACAAACCAGACCUAGGUCUGGAGGAGCUAGCCUCUCUGGACGUCAAAUCCAGGUUCCAGGUGUUCGAGCGCAAAUCCAAGCAGGAAGCGGAGCCUGCGCCCCUCGAGAACAGAGCCCCCAGGGAAAAAAGUUCCGCUGUGUUGUCCAAGCUGGCCAAAUUUAAGGCGAAGGGAAUGGACAUCGGAAUUUCUGACGAGUAUCUGAACGGAGUGCAGCCCGAGCUCAGUUCCAGCGAACAUGAAGAAGACGAUGAAGAUUCGUUGCUAAAGAAGUCAUACGCGCAGAAUUCAAUACGCGAACAGACAUCACUGUGCGAUAUGAACGAGCUGGUGGGGCGCUUUGAGAACGGGCCGCAGAACACCACCCGCCAUAACCAGCGCAAGCAGGAGAUACAGAAUAUACGCAGCCGACUAUUCCUGGGCAAGCAAGCUAAAAUCAAGGAAAUGUACGAACAAUCAGUGAUGCAGUGUGAACAAAGUAUAACUUCAGCAGAUAAAAUAGCUCGCGAGUUGGAUCUGGACGCGGAAAAGGCGAAGGCUAUCAAGCAACGGUUUGAAAACGGAGAAAUAUUCAACGAUGAAAACCAACCGCCCAAGAACAGGGAGCUAGAAGACACUUCGUUGUUCAAUGAAGGUAUAGCCAAAAAGUCUCGGUCUAUCUUCCUGGAGCUAGAUGCGAACGCCAAGCACAUGGCGCCGCUGUCGCCGCCCGCACAAGACCCGCCCAAGAGGAAGGAAAUCCCCUUCAUACCAAAAGACGUAGUCCGAGCGGCCGACAAGUUAGAAGACGUGAAGAUCGAGACCGCUGACAUAUCGGAUCGCUUCAAGUUCUUCGAGACGUACAAGCCUGAGAACAAACGCAAGGAGUUCCGCAUGACGCCGCCCAGGCACACGCAGCGUCCCAAGUCCCCGUCCCCGGAAGUGUACCACGAGCCCAGCGUGGUCCGCAGCGACGAGCCAGCGGCCGACGCCGGCCUGGCGGCCAGUCGCCAGACCGCGUCCAGGAUGAUCUCCGUCUUCCGCCAACUGGAGGAGCAGCGCAACCGACCCGAGGAGCAACAAGGUCCAAAACCCCUGAAACGUUUCACCCCCCCUCCGCCCGGGGAGGAGCGUCGCCACUUGGACUCGUCGUCGGAAUACAGCUCGGAGGGAGAGGAGGACAGCGAGGACGAACACCGCCGCCGAUACGAGGAGGCUAUACAGAGGGACGAGGCGCUCAAACAGGCUCAACAACUGGCCCGUACCAAAAGUUUCCGCGACCGUUUCGAGCAUUGGUCGGAGAGUGAGAGGGACAACGAACCGCGACCUCCCUCCGCCCUCAUUGAGAGACAGUAUGAAGAGGACGGGGAAUCCCAGCUGGAAACUGCUAAGAGUUUACGUGAAAAGUUUGAGAACAUGAAGGUUCAAACGACAACGGUCAAUAAAACUGUUGCGACAAAAGUUAACCGAUUUGUGUGACCAUCGAGUGGAGUCGUGGAACCGCCUCAAAAUUUACCAAAGCAUUAUUUUUUAACGUUACACCAUUAAAAACGUCUCAAUUUCUCUUGCCACUUAUUUUUAAAAAGUCUCAAUUUUUUCGAUCUGAUUUCAAACUUUUGUAUUUAUUAGGUAUUAUUUAAUUCAUCUAUAAUGUUAUUACCUAAUAAUAAUUGUAAUAAUUUAUCAAUUUUUAUUCAUAAGAAGUUACUCGUUAGUUUAAGAAAUCUAGUCUAAAGUAUUAGUUAAAUCCAUUUAAGGCGAGUUCUCACAAACAUGAAAACUCAAAAAAAAAAAAAAGAUUUUUUCAGAAUUUUUUCAAAAUCAUAUUUUUUUAAAUGUGCCGCGACAAUUCGUCUUAAACUGCAAAAUCAUGACAUCAUUAGUAUUAAAAUACAAAGUUUCGCAUGAAUAAUAUUUAUUGUAUCUAUAGGACUGAUAGUGUUUGCAUUUUGAAUGACGGUGCCUUAAAUAAAAGUGCAAUUAGAUUAAGAGAUCUAUCCAUAAAUUACGAAAACUACUUUUAAUGACCCCAACUUUUUAUUAUAUUUUCAAAAUGAUUUUUUUUUGGACAUUUUGACCAUAAAUGUAAAGAACAGCCUUAGGGAUAAACUUAACAUCUCAAAGUAACUUUUUUUAUCGUAAAACUAUAAACAUAGUAAAUAAAAUAUUACCUGCGAUAUGUAGAUUGUAGAAGGUCAGAGUUUACGUAAUUUAUGGAUUUUUUCUCAACACUGUGUACUUUUCAAUAUAUUUACUGUGAAAUAUAUAAAAGUUACAUAGUUUUUAAGGACCCUCUUCUAUACUAAAUCAAAAAAUGAAGCUUAGUUUUAGUUGAAGUAUUUAUCGAAAAAAAAAUAUUUACAUCUGAUAUGUAUAUCUAUUUUUAAGGUCUAAUUUUGUGACAAUAAUUUUUUUAGUAAAUAGAUGUCAAUUUUUAUGUGACAUCAAUUUAAAUCAAUGAUGACAAUUGUUAAAAAAAAAUUUUUGGCGCUAACUACUUACUUACUUGGUAUUGAAACACCUUGAUAAAAGAUGGCGAUCUCAAAAUAGCUAUUCUGUUUGGCGGCCAUUUUAAAAACGGUAGUAACUUCCGUCAAAAAAGGUCUGGAUUAUUUUCAAGAGAAGUUUUACUUACAUUAAUAAAUUGUUAAUUAUUAUGCUCCUUUUUGUCAAAAAAUAUUGUUAAAAUAUAUUUUAAGGGCAUAUUAUAUUAUAUUAUGACAAAAUCUGACUAGCUGGUGCUAUCACAGAAUUUAAUUUAAUUAUUAAAAGAUUAUUAUUUGUAAAAGAGGUGCCAUUUACUGAACGCACAAAAUCAAAAUAUGGUGCUAAAUAUAGGUAAAAUAAAAUUAUAUUAUAUAAAUUGGGUACUACCUACUUCAAUCAUACAAGAAAAUAAAACGAAUGAAUAAAAAACUGAAGAUUUAAGCUAUUAUUUACCGAAUUUUUUGAGAUUUUAUAUUCAAAAUUUAAAGAAAAAUACUAUGUUUUAGUGUAAGAUUAAUAUUUAUGACAAUAAUGUAAAAACAAUAUUUAUAAAUAUGACAAUAAUAUUUUUUACUAUAAUAAUGUUAUACCUGAUACCUACAUAUUGCAUGAUUAUUUUAAUCGAUAUAUAUACAUUUAAUUGUAUUGAGUUUUAUAUUUUGACUGAAUAAAAUUUUGUUUCGUUUGUACUUAAAUGCGAUUGUGUCGGUGUUUUUUUUUUAUCUUUUUUUUUGAUUUUCAUUUAUGUUACAGAAACUGCGAUAUUAUAAGCAAAUACAUAAUAAAGAAAAUUAUUUAAAA